AUGAACGCUGUGAUACGCUCCCAUAGCAAUUACAGUCAACCGCCAACUGCCAGUCAGUUCUUCCUCUUCUUGUGUCUCCUCCUCCCCUCCCCUCCCCUCCCCUUGUGUCUCCUCCUCCCCUCCCCUCCCCUCCCCUUGUGUCUCCCCCUCCCUUCCCCUCGUGUCUCCUCCCCUCCCCUUGUGUCUCCUACUCCCUUCCCCUCCCCUCCCCUUGUGUCUCCCCCUCCCUUCCCCUCGUGUCUCCUCCCCUCCCCUUGUGUCUCCUACUCCCUUCCCCUCCCCUUGUGUCUCCCCCUCCCUUCCCCUUGUGUCUCCUCCUCCCCUCCCCUUGUGUCUCCUCCUCUCCCCUUGUGUCUCCUCCUCCCCUCCCCUUGUGUCUUCCCCUCCCUUCCCCUUGUGUCUCCUCCUCCCUUCCCCUUGUGUCUCCUCCUCCCUUCCCCUUGUGUCUCCUCCUCCCUUCCCCUUGUGUCUCCUCCUCCCUUCCCCUUGUGUCUCCUCCUCCCCUCCCUUCCCUUGUGUCUCCUCCUCCCUUCCCCUUGUGUCUCCUCCUCCCCUCCCUUCCCUUGUGUCUCCUCCUCCCCUCCCCUCCCCAGUCUGUAG